CUUAGUAUACCAUUGGUUCCUUUCAAGUUUUAUAUGGCUGUUUUUAGCAUAAAGUAAGAUUCAGACCCUCUACACCACUGUAUGGCUUAAAGGGUCCAAGUUAUAUAGUUGAGCAGCAUUCAUAUCAGUGUCAACUAUAAAUAAGUCUUUUUCUUCCUGGUCUGUGACAGUUGAGUUUUAAGAGAAUAUUUUGGUUCGUAGACUUAGCUUUGCACACAAAUUAUGUUGGAUUCUCAGAAGACCAAACCAACAUGUAGCUUUUAUUUCUGUAGGAUUGUUUUGCUCGUUGUUUGAGUAUGUUAGGCUUUUCGGACUAAAUAAGGAAUGUUAAGUGUUUAAAUAAGUAAAAACAAAUGAUCAGAGCUCCCCUAUCCCCCUGUGUUUCUAGGUAACUCUAAGUACCCAAUUUUGCAGCCAUGGAGUCCAUGCUUAAUAAGUUGAAGAGUACUGUUACAAAAGUAACAGCUGAUGUCACUAGUGCUGUAAUGGGAAAUCCUGUCACUAGAGAAUUCGAUGUUGGUCGACACAUUGCCAGUGGUGGCAAUGGGCUAGCUUGGAAGAUAUUUAAUGGCACAAAAAAGUCAACAAAACAGGAAGUGGCUGUUUUUGUCUUUGAUAAAAAGCUGAUGGACAAAUAUCAAAAAUUCGAGAAGGAUCAAAUCAUCGAUUCUCUAAAACGAGGAGUCCAGCAGCUAACGCGCUUACGGCACCCUCGGCUCCUUACUGUCCAGCAUCCGUUAGAGGAAUCCAGGGAUUGCUUGGCAUUUUGUACAGAACCAGUUUUUGCCAGUUUAGCCAAUGUUCUAGGUAACUGGGAAAAUCUGCCUUCGACUUUGUCUCCAGACAUUAAGGAUUAUAAACUUUAUGAUGUAGAAACCAAGUAUGGUUUGCUUCAGGUUUCUGAAGGAUUGUCAUUUUUGCAUAGCAGUGUGAAAAUGGUUCAUGGAAAUAUUACACCUGAAAAUAUAAUUUUGAAUAAAAGUGGAGCCUGGAAAAUAAUGGGUUUUGAUUUUUGUGUAUCAUCGACCAAUCCUUCUGAACAAGAGCUCAAGUUUCCUUGUAAAGAAUGGGACCCAAAUUUACCAUCAUUGUGUCUUCCAAAUCCUGAAUAUUUGGCUCCUGAAUACAUACUUUCUGUGAGCUGCGAAACAGCCAGUGAUAUGUACUCUUUAGGAACUGUUAUUUAUGCUGUAUUUAACAAAGGGAAGCCUGUGUUUGAAAUUAACAAGCAAGAUAUUUACAAGAGUUUCAGUAGGCAGUUGGAUCAGUUGAGUCGUUUAGGAUCUAGUUCACUUACAAAUAUACCAGAGGAAGUCCGUGAACAUGUAAAACUACUGUUAAAUGUAACUCCAACUGUAAGACCAGAUGCAGAUCAAAUGACAAAGAUUCCCUUCUUUGAUGAUGUUGGUGCAGUGACACUGCAGUAUUUCGAUACCUUAUUCCAAAGAGAUAAUCUUCAGAAAUCACAGUUUUUCAAAGGACUGCCUAAGGUUCUACCGAAACUGCCCAAGCGUGUCAUUGUGCAGAGAAUUUUGCCUUGUUUGACUUCAGAAUUUGUAAACCCUGACAUGGUACCUUUUGUUUUGCCCAAUGUUCUACUUAUUGCUGAAGAAUGCACCAAAGAAGAAUAUGUCAGGUUAAUUCUGCCUGACCUUGGCCCUGUCUUUAAACAGCAGGAGCCAAUACAGAUUUUGUUAAUUUUCUUACAAAAAAUGGAUUUGCUACUAACCAGAACUCCUCCUGAUGAGAUAAAGAGCAGCGUCCUGCCAAUGGUUUACAGAGCACUUGAGGCACCUUCCAUUCAGAUCCAGGAACUCUGUCUAAACAUCAUUCCAACCUUUGCAAAUCUUAUAGACUACCCAUCCAUGAAAAAUGCUUUGAUACCAAGAAUUAAAAAUGCAUGUCUACAAACAUCUUCCCUUGCUGUUCGUGUCAAUUCAUUAGUGUGCUUAGGGAAGAUUUUGGAGUACUUGGAUAAGUGGUUUGUACUUGAUGACAUCCUGCCCUUCUUACAACAGAUUCCAUCCAAGGAACCUGCAGUCCUCAUGGGGAUUUUAGGCAUUUACAAAUGUACUUUCACUCAUAAGAAGUUGGGAAUCACCAAAGAGCAGCUGGCUGGGAAAGUAUUGCCUCAUCUGAUUCCUCUGAGUAUUGAAAAUAAUCUUAAUCUCAAUCAGUUCAAUUCUUUCAUUUCCGUCAUUAAAGAGAUGCUUAAUAGAUUGGAGUCUGAACAUAAGACUAAACUGGAGCAACUUCACAUAAUGCAAGAACAGCAGAAAUCUUUGGAUAUAGGAAAUCAAAUGAAUGCUUCUGAGGAGACAAAAGUUACAAAUGUUGGGUCUCAGAUUGACAAAGUUUUUAACAACACUGGAGCAGACCUUCUGACUGGUGGUGAGUCAGAAAAUAAAGAGGAUGUGUUAAAGAAUAAGCAUAAAAAAGCAUCACUUACACUUGAAGAAAAACAAAAGUUAGCAAAAGAACAGGAGCAGGCACAGAAGUUGAAAAGCCAGCAGCCUCUUAAACCCCAAGUGCACACACCUAUUGCUCCAGUCAAACAGACUAAGGACUUGACAGAGACAUUGAUGGAUAACAUGUCAUCUCUGAGCAGCCUGUCUGUUAGCACCCCUAAAAGUUCUGCUUCAAGCACCUUCACUUCCGUUCCUUCCAUGGGCCUUGGCAUGAUGUUUUCUACACCAAUUGAUAAUACAAAGAGAAAUUUGACAAAUGGCCUAAAUGCUAACAUGGGAUUUCAGACUCCGGGAUUCAACAUGCCGCUUAAUACAAACCAGAACUACUUCAGUGGUCCAAGUACACCUGGAGUGACGAUGACGAUGGGAGCGCCUUCCACUUUGCCAAGCUUCAGUGCUGUGGGGGUUCCACCUGCCGGUGCAAAGCAGGCUCAGCAAAGACCUCCAGAUAUGUCUGCUCUUAAUAAUCUCUUUGGUCCUCAGAAACCCAAAGUUAGCAUGAACCAGUUAUCACAACAGAAACCAACUCAGUGGCUCACUCAGUUUGCGCCGCCUCAGGGGUCCCCGGGCACGGGCAGCGCAGCAGUGGGAACGCAGGCGAACGUGAUCGGACAGACGGCCUUCGGUGUGCAGGCGAACCCUUUCUUUAACCCACAGAACUUUGCGCAGCCCCCACCUGCUAUGACCAGCAGCAGUUCAGCUAGCAAUGAUUUAAAGGAUCUGUUUGGGUGAGGUGUAUUGCUCUUAUUUUUGAAGGAUUACUUCAGUUUUAAUCAUGGGUGAACUGAUUUAUAUCUUUAUAUGGUUGGCUUGGAGGAACUACUACUGUGGGAAAAGGAAUGGUUCUACGACAAAAACACCUGUUUCCAUGCCAGUGUCGUAGUUGUAUGGCCUCCUCUAACAGUUGAGUUUUUUAAAGCAUUGAGGAUUUUUUCUCUCUUACCAUACUGUCUUCAGGUUUUUAAAAGACCUAACCUGUACCAAUCUCAAAGAUACCUAAGUAUCUUGAAUAGCAGAAUUUUUAAAUCAAAUGUUUAUUUUGCUUGUAAAUCUUAGUGUUAUUUUAAAAAAUUGAGUUGAUGGUAAUUGCAAGUUUUAUCUAUUAAAUACUACAUGGUGCACAGUCUGCCUUCACAAGUCAUUAGUCUUCAUUUUAAUAUGUGAACAAUCUUGAUGCUGUAUCGAUCUGUUUGCAUUUAGUAUGACUGAGAAAAUUGUAAGCAUAAGAAGAAAAGGAUCAGGUCACUUGCUUUUUCCAAUCUUCUCAGAUGAACUAAUGUUAGUACAAAAGACUGAGCAAAUACUGCAAAAUUUAACGUACCUUAGAUUUCAUUGGUUCAAACUAAAUGCAUUAUUAGCCAUCUUAAAUGCAAACUAAUCAUUGUAAAUUAUAUUUUAGCAUGGUCUGCCUCAAAUAGUAAUGUAUUUUUCUGCAUUCCCUUGGAUAUAUUUAGAACCACUUUUUCCUGUGGUAUCACAGACAGAAGAGGUAUGUACUGAUGUGUACAGAUAUUUGACAAAGCCCUCUGAUGUGAUUUGCCCAACUACUGCCUUCAUAUUUCACUUGAAGUCCAAUUUCUGAGGUUGCAGUAUAUAGGAAUUGCAUUUUCAAACGCAGAUUUGUAAGAAUUGAAUUAUAUUUAAUGAGUAAACUUUUGAGAUUUCUGCUGUAUUGUUUCAAAUGUAAUAAACUUUACUUCUAUAAAAAUGAGCCGUUGUAUCUCCUGGCUACAACAGAUUAAUUUUGAGCUUACCAUGGUAAAGUCUGACCUCAUCAAUUACUACAACUGAAGUCUGCUGCUUUUCUAGGAAUUUCAGAACCUUUUGUUCAAGCGUUGUUAAGUGGUAUUUUUAGGAAGGAAGGAAGAAGUUCCUCUAGCAGGAAACAUGCUUUAGUUUUCAAAGCCUGCCCAGUGCUUUUCUCUGAUUUGCCGAUUACUCACUCAGUCGCAGAUGGAGCCUCGUGCUGUAAAUGUGAUUUGUGUUUUGUUAGAUUCUCUUCCUCGGUUUUGGGAUAGCUUUAAAAUGACCUCUCAGAGAAAUACAGUUAGUUGCUGCUGUAGAAUUUGUGGUUUUUUUAAAUAUCUGAGGCCAGCAAUUAUUGACAAUAAAUCAUACACUGUUAAGUGUGCUGAUACUAAGCUUAUUCAAUGAAAUAUAUGUGUGUACACACACUAAAUAUAUCAUUGGUCAUACAGUACUUGAUUACAAAGUGUAAUUUGAUGGUAAUAUUGCUGGUGGCAUUCAGUAAGAACAUACUUUAAAAAAAUCGAGUCAGCUUUGCCUCUGGGUUCUGUGUGAGCUGCCCUGUGCUACAUGGUUUAGAAAAAGGACUCGGAGGGAUGCUGACGAAGCAGCCAAGAAGUGGAACACGAGGAGGACCCAGUGUCCUGCCAGAGACGUUCACACCUGGACCGGAUUAUGUCUUGUUUGUAACACAAUAUUAAUACUUCUCUUGGGAAAAGUUUACAUAUGAAUAAAAUUGCUUAAUGUUAAUUGUUCUUUGUAACAAUUCAGUAGUCACUGUUCAUUAGAAAAUUGCUUUUUAUUUUGUAAAAUACCUUGAUGUCAGUGUGUUGAACUUUUAGUUAGAAGGAAAGCUUAAUAUAAUAUAUACUUUCAACUUCUAAGUACGAAAAUAGGUUAUUUGAAAAAAUAUAUGUAAUUCUUAGGUAAUUUUCACAUCUUAAAAUUUGCUCAUUUAUUGAGGUAAUGGUGCUACAUAUCUACUUUUUUUUUUUCUUGAAGGUAUUUUAUUUACAUCAUUUCCAUCAAUUGAACUGUUACCAUUGCCUUUUUUUGUUGAGAAAUUGCCUCUGAAAAAGUUCUAUUUUUAGGUUUGUAUUUCUAUGUGAACAGAAUUUUCAAAGUGCUAGAUCACCUUAAAAGUUAUUUCAGAUAUUGACAGAUUUUAAGUUUCUUGUGCUUAGAGUAGAAAAUUGGUAGGUUAAAAAGCACCUGUAGACAGAAACUAUAAGGUUCCCUCCUAUUUGAAUUGGCUCCUGUAAUGCGGAAGCGUGUGGUAUGUGUAGAGGAUGCAUGAAAGGAAAUGGAAGUGGACCAUGCACUUGGUUGGGUUUGAUUUGUUUGUGUGUUUUUGUUUUUAUUUUGAAAUGCUUAUAACCCUUCAUUUCACCUGAAUGAGUCAAGGAAGUAGAUUUUUGUUAUGUUGUUGUUUUUUUAAACCUGUGAAAUACCUCACACGGUUGCUCUUACAUAUUAAAGAGAAAGGUAUGUGAAAGUACCUGAGAGCAAGUACAGAGUAUGCACCAAAUAAAUUUAGCUUUGAUAAAA